CUCCGCAGCGCAUACUUAAUCCUGGUUUCUGUCCUCCCCGCACGCGAAGCUUCUUUGUCAGACAGAAUCCCGGUCAGAGGGAGAUCGUCCUGACUCCCCGUCGUCAGCCUUUGCUGCUCGACAGAAGAAGAGGAAGAUAAAGAACACCAUGGCCGUGACACCAGCGCCGUCUCGCGCGGAGAACAUAAGUCCCGCACCAUCCAGUCAAGUCAAGGCCAGCGAUAUGGAAGAUGGGCAGAACGGAGAUCCAGAAAAGGCGUACGAGCCGCUCAGAGCUACCACCGCCAACAGCAACGGGCGCAAUGGCGAUUUGGCCGUGCAGAAGACGCACUCGCGCACGUCGCGGAGGUCGCUCGAGCGGAGCUGGUCGAUGAAUGAUGGAUAUAGCUGUAGUGGGAUCGGGGCUGAUGAGGAAGAUAAGGACGAAGAGGCUGGUGCGGUUCCGGCAGAGGAGGGGGUGUCGGAUUUUACGGUCACUUGGGAUGAAAAUGAUCCUGCGAAUCCUCGCAAUAUGAAUAAGCUGCGGAGGUGGUUGAUAGUUGUCAUCUGUUCGACGGGUUCGGUUUGCGUGACAUGCACUUCGUCAAUGUAUACCAUGACAUACGAGCAAAUUAUGAGAGAGUUCCACUGCUCGCGGGAGGUCGCUACGUUGGGUCUGUCGUUUUUCAUCUUUGGUCUUGGUGUCGGACCAUUGUUCCUAAGUCCCCUAUCUGAAUUUUAUGGACGGAGAAACAUCUACAUCGUAUCGUUUACCUUUUUCCUGAUCUGGCUGAUCCCUUGCGCCGUUGCGCAAAACAUCCAGACUAUGAUCGUUGCCCGUUUCUUCAACGGUCUUUCGGGAAGUGCGUUCCUCAGCGUGGCGGGUGGAACAGUGGGAGAUCUUUUCGCGCGUCACGAGUUGGCUGCUCCGAUGAUGCUGUACACUGCCAGUCCUUUCGUUGGUCCUGAGAUCGGUCCUCUGGUUGGCGGGUUCAUCAAUUCUUUUACUACGUGGCGCUGGACAUUCUAUGUGCUCCUCAUCUGGACGGGCUCCGUUCUGGGAUUGAUCGUGUUCUUCGUUCCGGAGACUUACCAUCCUGUGCUGCUGCGACGAAAGGCCCAGAGACUGCGCAGGGAAACGGGAGAUGAGCGAUGGGUGGCCCCGAUUGAGAAUAUGCACCGCUCGGUGCUGCAAACCGUCCUUCGCUCUCUGUACAGGCCGAUGCUCCUUCUCACGCUGGAGCCUAUGUGUCUGAACCUCUGCAUCUUUUCGGCCAUCCUUCUUGGUAUCCUCUACCUCUUCUUCGGCGCCUUUAACCUGGUAUUCACCAACGUUUGGGGAUUCAAACUGUGGCAAGUCGGUCUAUCCUUCAUGGGGAUCUUUGUCGGCAUGAUUUUUGCUAUCUUAACGGACCCCAUCUGGCGGAGGAACUAUGCGCGGCUGGAGCUCAAGCAUGAGCAACGGAAGGGAGUGAAAGGCGAUUUCCAGCCCGAAUGGCGGUUGCCUCCAGCGAUUGUUGGCGCUCCAUUGGUGACAAUUGGUCUUUUCAUCUUUGCCUGGACAAUCUAUUCCAACUGCCACUGGAUCGGGGCGAUCAUUGGCAGCGCUAUUUUCGGAGCUGGGACGAUUCUCGUGUACUCGGGCGUCUUUACAUUCUUAGUCGACGCAUACCCUACAUUUGCAGCUAGUGCGUUGGCAGCAAACAGCUUUGCGCGGUCGAGCUUCGGAGCGAUCUUUCCACUUUUCGGAAUCCAGAUGUACAAUAACCUCGGAUAUCACUGGGCCACGUCCCUCCUGGCGUUCUUGACACUAGCCAUGCUUCCAUUCCCGUACAUAUUCUUCCGCUACGGCCACAUCAUCCGCAAGAAGAGUCGUUUUGCCGCCUCGGAAAAGUAAACAAAAGUAAUUAAUUAUCGGGAAAGAAAUAAUAAAACACAAGAAAGUGUUUAUAUGAUGACAAACUUAGCUAGGUAUUUAGAAUCAUUAGCUGGUUAGUUAUUUAGAAUCAAUAUUACUAAUUAAUUCUUUUUCUUCGUGCAUG